AUGGAUCAUCACCCUCCUCCUCCUCCUCCUCCUCUUCCUGGUACUGCAAAAGACAACGAAAAAUUACAAUUCGACAAUAUCAAUGAAGACCCUAAUCUUGCCGUGACUGGUGAUGACGGUCUAAUCCAACAUGAGGAAGAUCAAGUUCUCGAGCUUGCCCGAAAAUUUACUAUUAGAUCUAUCCAAGGUUCCCAUGAAUCACCGUUCACUGCACCCCCAGAUGGACCCCUAGACCCUAAGAGCCCCAAUUUCAAGGCCAGAGAAUGGGCCAGGGCGUUCUACAAUGUUAGGUACAAGUCAGACACUGGCGUUCCUCCUAGGGUUGCCGGUUUGGCAUUUAAGAAUCUAAAUGUUUGGGGGACGGGAUCAGUAACAGAUUACCAGUCGAGCGUCGGAAACGCUAUAUUCAAGCUUCCGUCCCUACUCGGCUAUGGCCAAAAUAAAAUCGACAUUCUUCAGGAUAUGAAUGGCCUUUUGCUUCCAGGUGAAAUGCUUUGCGUCCUCGGCCCACCAGGAUCUGGGUGCUCUACAUUGCUUAAGACGAUAGCCGGGGAUACACAUGGCCUCAAAAUUAGUCCAGGGUCACUGAUAAACUAUCAAGGGAUCACUCCCCAGAAGAUGACAACGGCAUUUAAGGGCGAGGCUAUCUACACGGCUGAGGUUGACGCACAUUACCCUCAGUUGUCUGUAGGCGAUACUCUCUACUUUGCCGCUCUAGCUCGUGCUCCAAGCACAAUUCCUGGUGGCGUUGAUCGCAGUGUAUAUGCGACACACCUGCGGGAUGUCAUCAUGGCGAUGUUUGGAAUCAGCCACACUAUCAACACUCGGGUCGGUAAUGAUUUCGUCAGGGGUGUAAGUGGGGGUGAGAGGAAAAGAGUCACGAUUGCCGAGGCGAGUCUAAGUUACGCUCCUUUGCAAUGCUGGGACAACAGCACAAGAGGCUUGGAUUCGGCCAAUGCUGUAGAAUUUUGCAAAACGCUGAGGACCCAAAGUGACGUAUUCGGGUCAACAGCUUGCGUGGCUAUCUACCAAUCCCCACAGGCGGCUUACGAAUUUUUUGAUAAAGUCACAGUUCUUUAUGAAGGCAGGCAAAUUUAUUUUGGGAAAGCCACAGACGCAAGAGCGUACUUCGUUAAUCUUGGUUUUGAUUGCCCAGAAUCGCAGACGACACCUGACUUCCUAACCUCUAUGACCAGCUCUACCGAAAGGUUGAUCCGGCCAGGUUUUGAGGCAACUGCCCCACGGACAUCUGAUGACUUUGUGAGACGCUGGAGAGAGAGCAUGGAUUAUCAACGCCUAGUCCAAGAGAUAGAUGACUAUCACGACGAAUAUCCUUUCGACGGUGAACAUCUCCAGAAAUUUUCCGGGUCAAGAAAGGCAGAAAAAUCUAACAACCAACGCGAAAAUUCGCCGUAUACCCUAUCAUACAUAUCGCAGGUCAAACUUUGUAAUUGGAGAGAGUUACGGAAACUGAAGAACGACCCAUCUAUCCCAAUCGCAAUGCUAGUCACAAAUAUCUUUGAAGCCUUGAUCAUUGCUAGUAUAUUCAUAAACUUGCCCCAAACGACGACUUCGCUUUACCCUCGGGGUGUUGUGCUAUUCAUGAUGAUCCUUUUAAAUGCAUUCUCUUCUCUAAUCGAGAUCAUUUCAUUAUACGCCAAACGUGCAAUUGUCGAAAAACACAACCGUUAUGCACUUUACCACCCGAGCGCAGAAGCUUUGUCUUCGUUCAUCAUGGAUUUACCCUAUAAAAUCACUAACGGCCUGGUAACCAACGUUAUUUUGUAUUUUACAACCGGCCUACGCCGUGAACCAGGCCCGUUUUUCUUCUUUUUCCUCAUAUCCUUUACUAUGACGCUUGCAAUAUCCACAUUUUUCCGCUUCUUCGCCUCAGUAACGAAAACUGUCGAUCAGGCGAUGGCCCCUUCAUCAAUAAUCAUUAUCGCCCUUGUUCUAUACACUGGAUUCUCAAUUCCAGUCCAGUAUAUGAAAGGUUGGGCAUCUUGGAUCAGAUGGGUUAAUCCAAUUAGUUACGGGUUUGAAAGCGUCAUGAUAAAUGAGUUUCACGGCCAAAACUAUCUGUGCUCCGCAUAUAUUCCUUCCGGUCCAGUAUAUGAUGCCGUGAAUCCCGAACAGAGGACAUGUGCAUCGAAAGGAUCUUUGCCGGGGCUCAAUGUCGUCAGCGGAACGGCUUACAUUCAGACAACUUUUGGGUUUCAGGAAAAUCAUAAAUGGCGUAAUUUUGGAAUUCUAGUCGUGUUCGCCGUGGGGCUCAUGGCUUGCCAUCUUCUUACAACAGAGUUAGUGUCAUCCGAGCGUUCGAAAGGUGAGGUUAAGGUAUUCAAAAGAGGUAAAGUUCAUAGUGCAAGAAAAAAAUCAGAACGCGGGGAUGAGGAGGCAGGUAAACCAAUACCCUCACGUCGCCUAGGACAUGACGACGGCAGCCGGACCCCCCCACCUCCCGGGAAGCAAAGUUCAAUUUUUCAUUGGGAGGAUGUUUGCUACGAAGUCCAGAUAAAAGGAGAAACCCGAGUCAUUCUAGAUCAUGUUGACGGAUGGAUCAAGCCGGGAACACUGACAGCCUUGAUGGGUGUAUCUGGGGCGGGGAAAACGACUCUGUUGGAUGUCCUUGCAAGUAGAACUACAACCGGCGUCAUUUCCGGGAAUAUGUUCGUAGAUGGACGUGAUCGUGAUGAAUCUUUUCAGCGGAAAACUGGUUAUGUGCAGCAACAAGACCUACACCUUCAUUCAUCAACAGUCCGAGAGGCACUAAAAUUCAGCGCCUUAUUGAGACAACCUCCGGGUUACUCCUACCAGGAAAAACUAGAUUAUGUGGAUUACAUUAUCGAUUUGUUAGGCAUGGGCGACUACGCCGAUGCAGUUGUUGGAAUACCAGGAUCUGGACUGAACGUUGAGGAGAGAAAGCGUUUGACUAUCGGUGUAGAACUCGCCGCACGGCCAAAAUUACUGUUGUUUUUGGACGAGCCGACGUCUGGGCUAGAUAGCCAAACUUCGUGGUCGAUCUGUAACCUGCUGGAAAGGCUGACGGAAUCCGGACAAGCGAUUUUAUGCACUAUACAUCAGCCCUCUGCAAUGCUCUUCCAACGAUUCGACAGGCUAUUACUACUAGCGAAAGGUGGUAAGACAGUUUAUUUCGGUGAGGUAGGGAAGAACUCAAAUACACUCCUUGACUACUUCGCUCGCAAUGGUGGCGCCCUUUGCGCAAAAAAUGCAAACCCUGCCGAGUAUAUGCUGGAGGUUAUUGGUGCAGCUCCUGGUACGCAUUCGGAGAUUGAUUGGCCAUCAGUGUGGAAACUGAGCCCGGAGUAUCGUGAGGUCAGACUGGAGCUAGCAAGACUUAGAGACCCCGCCGGCAGCCCAUCUGCGGUUGCAGAUGAAGUUAUUUCUGGUGUCCAACAAUUCGCUGCCCCUUUCACAGCGCAGCUCUUUCUGGUCUUGAAAAGAGUCUUCGAGCAGUAUUGGAGAACUCCAUCUUACAUAUAUUCCAAAAUGCUGUUAGCUGUCGGUUGUUCUAUGCUCAUAGGAUUUUCAUUCUUUAUGAGUGAAAAUACUAUGCAGGGCCUAAACAAUCAAAUGUUUGGUGUCUUUGCCUUUAUUUUUGUUAUUAUUACUGUUAUUAUGCAAAUAAUACCAGUCUUCGUCACUCAAAGAACACUCUAUGAAGCCCGAGAGCGACAAUCGAGAACUUACAGCUGGCAAGCGUUCAUCCUUUCAAAUUUAAUAGUUGAAUUUGCAUGGAAUUCUGCAACUGGAAUUCUAUGCUUUUUGGUCUGGUAUUACCCUAUGGGGCUUUACAGGAACGCGGAGUAUACUGAUGCAGUUCAUGCACGAGGGACACUCGUGGUUCUUUUAAUUUGGGUGAUAUUUAUGUUCGCCAGUUCAUUUGCGAUUAUGAUGAUUUCUGGAAUCGAAAAUCCUGAAGUGGCAUCCGCCAAUUCAAACGCACUAUCUAUAAUGAUGUAUGCCUUCUGUGGUAUUCUCGCAGGGCCAAAAACCCUUCCUGGGUUCUGGAUUUUUAUGUAUCGUGUCAAUCCUCUCACAUAUUUCACAUCGAGCUUUAUGGCCACGACGCUAGCAAAUGCGCCGGUCCAUUGUUCAGAGAACGAAUACCAGGAGUUUAAGGCACCAGAUGGAUUGACUUGUGGCGAAUAUUUAGAACCAUACUUAUCCGAGGCUGGCGGCUACAUCUUAGAUCCCCUCGCCUCAGGUUUGGAAAGCUGCCGGUAUUGUCAAAUGGAUGGGACAAACGCAUUCUUAGUGGGUAUCAACUCGGACUUUUCAGAAAGGUGGAGGAACUUCGGGAUUGUGUGGGUUUAUGUUAUAUUCAACACCGCUAUUGCUAUCCUCUUUUACUGGUUGUUUAGGGUUCCAAAGGGGAAGAAAACAUAG